AUGGAAGAGUCAUUUGGAACAUCGAAUCAAACCGUUAGUCAGUCUUUAAAUAUCGAUCCAAACAGCAGUGAACAGCGACGUGAUCAUAAUGCAACUCAUUCAAAAGAUAAUGUAAGUAUAUCGAAUACUGCAAGCUCUUUACACCAUCAUCAUCGUCGAAAACGGUCCCAUGUAUCUCCAUUAACUCGAUCUGUGCAUACAAUUAAUCUACUGGAAACCGCUUCAUAUAUGGAAUGUGGUCUCCCAUCACUGAGAGAUCAUGUGGAGACUAUAGAAUUAACAGAUGAGGAUAACGGUCUUGUUGGUUGCAAUCCUGAUUAUCUUCUACGUAAUGAGGUCAGUCACAUCGGUGAAAAAUCUGUAGAUGCUCUAAAACUCACCAAACUAGACCCAGAAUUUCGUGAUUUGAUCUCACGUUAUGUUUGCUCUGAAUAUGUUGUCCACUGUCUUGAGCUAGCAGGUUUUUGUUCACCGUACGUUGUAGCCCAAUUGGAUGACCAUCAGCUGCAGAGAAUCGAAGCAUUCGUAGGACAUGCUUGUUCGAUAAUGAAGUCAGCCGCUUUAAGAGAACAUUUCCUAGGACCCAUUUUCGCAAAUGAUCCAUUAAAAUUUAAAUUACCUUCCGGCGCAGCUUGUGGAAUCCUCCUAGCUGCAAGUGAAAUACGUCGAAGGUAUCGUCGUACUCAAAUAUCUUCAGACAGUCAAAAUGUCAUGGAUGAAGAUGUAAUAGUUGUUCCAGAUUCAUGUGACCAAAGCUUCAACGAUGUAGCAUGUCAGACAGAUUCAUCAGUGUCACACUCUGUCUCCUUAACAUCACCAGAACCCGUCAUUUUAGGUGAAACAAAUAGUGUUUUUGCGGGGAAUCACGACUCAAAAUCUCCGAUGCCAGCAGUAAGCUCGAGUUCUAAAGUUUCUAUCUCCGAUUCUCCAAAUUCAUCACUAAAGCUGGAAGCAACAACUGUAUCAUCCACCGAAUCAGCAGUAAUGAUGGCUGCUGCCCUUCAAGUUGCUGCUGCAGCUGUUAGUGGAAACGGAUAUAAUAGCAUCAGUUUAUUUUCUAAUCCUACAUCAAAUGAUAACAAUUCAACAUUUUCUGGUACUAGCACCUCACCUAUUUCAUCACGUGCCACAGUUCCAGUAGCUAAUACAUCUGCAGCGACUGUUGCUCCGAAUGCUCCAUCAUCUCAACCUAGUUUUGUGCCCAGUUCCUCCCCAGUAAGUUGCGGAAGUGGUUUAUAUGAAAACGAAGUAAUCAAUCUAGAACGCUUGAAACAACAUUCUUCUGCCAGUGCCAUUAGAUUAGCGUCACGGCAAUUUGUCAACGCUUAUCUUAUGCGUGGUAGGGAUUUUGAUAUGGAAAUGGAAUUGUCAGUAACGCCUGAAGGACUUAAGCGUGUUACUGGAAUAUUUUAUUGCCACCUUUGCAGAGAGAAACGUGAGCGUACUUCGGCUGUGCGUUUUUCAAUAGCUCGCAACAGGUAUCCAGUUUUAAGUAAUGUUCUGUCUCACCUGAAAACCCAUUUCCACUAUCGAGGUCAGAUGCUAUCUGGACUUCAGGCUACAGUUAUCCAGCAGACUCAAAACUUAAUAAAAUCAGCUAGUGCACUUAACGAAUCCUUCACAGGACAAGGCUUAGGUUAUUCUCCUGGAGGGUUUAACUGUCCUAAUUAUCGUACAGACAUCGCAGUAGAAAGUGCGACUAAUCCACAUAACGCUUCAUUUGUGCAACCAACUAUUUCUGUCAACCAGUUUCAUUCACACGUAAAAUCAGAACCUGCAAACUACACAUAUACUGUGGAUGCUGAGGGUACUGAAGACUCCAAUUCUGUCCAUCCUAUCUACGAUAAUUUGUCUGCGUCUCCAUCACAGAGAUUAAAUUCUCCAAACAACAAGAGUUCAUCUCCUCGAGGUCUAGGACUUGAAGUUGUUGUUCCAUCACGACCAAAUACAAGUUCUGGAAACCGGUGUAAUUCACUAACAUCUUGA